UCAGUUAGUUGUCAGUCAACAGGUCGAGAUGCUCAGACUGUCUCACGGUCUGGGAGUGAAUCCAGCCAGACGAACAUUUAUCACCGUUUUCACUGGGUUUGCAAUCGGCUUCACAGGCACUUAUCUGAUCUUAGAACACUCCCCAUUCUUCCCAGAAUUCCACAAUAAUCCAAAGUGGUUUCAGGCAGUAGACAGACUAGGAGACCCGCACAGUCACGCUGAUAUGGCUGGUCUUCCACCACUAAAGGGGGAAGUGGCCCUGCACUCUCCACACGAGGACUUCCACAAAGAUGAAGAUCUGGUUGCAAAACGGUUGGCACAAGAGGUGCGAGUGUUGUGUUGGAUCAUGACUUCUCCGGCCAACCAUCAGACUAAGGCUAAACAUGUGCUGGCCACUUGGGGAAAACGCUGUAACACUCUGCUUUUCAUGAGCUCUGCCAACGACUCGUCGUUGCCGGUGGUUAUACUGAACGUACUAGAAAGUCAUGAGCUGCUAUGGGCCAAGACGAAAGCUGCCUUCACCUAUGUCUAUGAGCAUCACAGUCGGGACUACGAUUGGGUUCUCAAGGCAGACGACGACACGUAUGUCAUCAUGGAGAACCUUCGCUACUUACUGUAUAACUACAAUAGCUCAGACCCUCUCUAUUUCGGUUGUCGCUUCAAGCCGUAUGUCAAGCAAGGCUACAUGAGCGGUGGGGCAGGGUACGUUUUGAGCAAGGAGGCCGUAUCGAGGUUAGUCUCUAAGGCCAUUCCAGACAAAACUAAGUGCAGACCUGGAGCAUAUGGAGCGGAGGAUGUGGAAGUUGGUGUUUGCCUGGAAAAUGUGGGAGUGGUGGCUAUGGAUUCCCGGGACCAGUACCAGCGUGGUCGGUUCUUCCCGUUUAGCCCAGAAAACCACCUGAUCCCACACCUGGACCCGGGAUUCUGGUACUGGUCCUACAUCUACUACAAUACCACUGAUGGUAUGGACUGCUGCUCGGACCUAGCCAUUACGUUCCACUACAUCUCUCCACAGCAGAUGUACGUGAUGGAGUACCUGAUCUAUCAUCUGCGGCCGUACGGAAUACAACACCAUGACACCCUCGGCAUCCUCCACACCGACUGACCAAUAGACAGUCGGCCAGAUAGUCAUUACUAUAAUUCUAUAUCAUUGUAAUAUUGGAGAAUGGGAAUGACUCGAUGAGGAACAACUGAAGAAAACGCUGUGAUCUGAAAGUUACCAAUGAAGUUCAACAUCGGCCAUGAGCUCGGUGUACAAUAUUACAGAUAUAUUAGUUUUCUUCACUUCAGUUGAUACUUUGUUGAGUUUUCUAUUGUCUUCGCACAACUUAAAACAAGGUAGAAGUACACCACAAUAUGUUUUGUCGUAACAGGCUUUGCUGUGGUUGCGUGCAAAAUUUCUAAUCUUUAGCUCAUUUCGUAAAUAUAAAAUGUACAUCAUAGAACUCUUUCAAUUAGAAAUGCAGAUUCAUGCAAAAGUUGAAGUCUACAUAUGAAAUCUUUCUUAACAUACCUUGCCACAUAAUACAUUCACUUUUUUCAUUAAAUUAGGUUUCAUACCAGUGUUUAAAUAAUAAAAGUAGGCUACACAACAAUAAUUUGUACAAUUAUAUUUGUGUAGAAAUGUAUAGGCUGCAUGAGUUAAUUGUUACAACUUAGAAUUUCUUUUGGAUGUAUUGAGUUUAUUUACAGAUUUAUUUAUUCUGCUAUUUUAUUGUUGCUAUCUUGGU